AUCAAUUCUUCGUUUUCUCUCUUGCUUUAUGUCAAAUCCUCAAAACUUUAAUAUUUUAUACUCUACAUUAUGAAAUUUUCUUAUCAGAUUGUUUUCAUAAAAAUAAACAUAUUUGCUUUAAAGAAAAUAUGAUUGUUAAGAAAUAUUUUUAAUUUUUAUAUAAGCACAAGAUUUUUGUUUGAAAAAGUUCCUAUAGUUAUAUUGACUAUAUUGUGAGUUGUUCGGCGUUAUCACUUUAGUGUUUUGCUGUCAAAUAACAGUGAAAAUACGAUUUUCUGACAUUAAAAUAAACAAACAAUAUUGAAUGGUUUAAUGGAAAUUAAAUUAUAAAUAAUUUCUUAUCACAAAAUGUCUGUUAAUCUUAAGAAAAAUGAAGAAUCUUUAAUCUCAGCUUGGAAGAAUGUUGUUGAUGACAAAUCAUCAACUAACUGGGCUUUAUUUAGUUAUGAAGGUCAAACAAAUAAUCUAAAAGUUGUUUCGACCGGUCAAGGAGGAUUGGAAGAAAUGACAGAAGAAUUUAACAGUGGUCUUAUAAUGUACGCUUUUUGUCGUGUGAUUGACAAUAAGACGAGUUUGCCAAAAUGUUUGCUUAUUAAUUGGCAAGGAGAUGGAGCACCAAUUGUUAGAAAAGGGACAUGCGCAAAUCACAUACGAGACAUAGAACGCUUAUUAAAAGGGGUACACAUUACAAUAACUGCACGAUCAGAAGAGGAAGUCGAAGUAGACAUAAUAAUGGAUAAACUUGCUCGUGCCACGGGAUCUGCUUAUAAAUUCAAUGAGCGCCGAGGUGAAAAUGGAAACAAGACAGAUCCUGUUGGUACUACUUAUCGGAGAGUAAUUCCAGAACAAGAGAUCAAUGCAACCGAACGAGAUAAAUUUUGGCAGAAGGAAGAAAUUGAGGAAAAGCAACGUUUGGAACAAGAACGUGUUAAAAGUGAACAAAGUCGACAAAAAAUAGAGAAAGAAAUUAGAAUGCGCGAAGAAAAGGAAAAUCAGAUUCGCGAGGAAAAGAUUACCAUGGAAAAGAGCAUUAAUCAUAAGAGUGUUGAACUGCAUCCUGAAGACUUGAAAAAUAUUCGAAACACUCAGAACUGUGUUCCUCAAGUUGAACCGAAAUCCCGUAGUGAGGAAUUACGUCAGCAGCGAAAUAAUGAAGCUCAGAAAUUAAUUGCUCAAAGAACUAUAAAUGCACGGGCCAUAUUUGAACAGAAUACUUGUGCUGGUCAAUUGAAAUCAUCUAGUGUUUAUCAACCAGUCGAACAAAAAGAUAAUAGUGUAAACAUAUCAAAAAAGACUACUAAAGACAGUGAGCCUAAAGAAGAAUCAUUUAAAGAACUUUCAAAUAAUGCAAAUCAACAACCAUUUAAACAUGAAGAAUUAAAGACAAAUGAAUGUGAAAAUAUAGUACAAAGUCAACCAGAAACUGUAAACACACAAAGCACAGAAAGUUUCUUAAAAGAAGAGAAUAAUGUUUCCAAGGUUCAAAAUGCAGAAUCGUCUAGUGCAGUUGAAGAAGCAGAAAAUCAAUUAUAUAGUCAAUUAGAGGGAGAUUAUUUGUAUCUGGAUCCUAAUAAUGAAGGAAUGAAAGCUAGGGCUUUAUAUGAUUAUCAGGCUGCAGACGAUACUGAAAUUACUUUCGAUCCUGGUGAUAUUAUUACACAUAUUGACGCUAUUGACGAAGGAUGGUGGCAAGGACUAGGUCCAGACGGAACAUAUGGUCUAUUUCCCGCAAAUCACGUUGAAGUCAUUGAUUAGGUUCUGGUACAUUAAAAACUGCACACAAUUUUCAUGUAAUAUAUGAUAAUAACCUUAAUAUUUAAUCAGAAUUCAAUUCACUUCCAUCAAACGAAUCAACGGGUUAAAUACUUGUUUACUUUUUAUGUCUAUAAAUAGAAUAUUCAUCAAGGAUUUUUUACAAGUUGUGAAGAGAAAAAGCGUGUAAGUAAAUCAUUCGACUUUUAUGUUAAUAACUGCAGGGUUGCCA